AUGCAUAUCCUCCAGUAUCUAACCGGGAUCCUCGUGGUCUCUACCACGGGUCUCGCCUCAGUAUCCAUGCCGGCCUUUGCUGAUUUGGAUACCUGUUCUCCUGAUUUGGGUCAGGAAGAGGUUUCUCUCAUUGAGAUAGCAGGCGUAGCGCAAGAGGACAUUCAUUUGCUCGUAGCCCGGCAACUCGACCUAGACAACAUCGCCGACAGCAUCACGGGGCUUCUCCAGCCAUUGUUGCAGCUGAUAAGCUCGGAGUCGCUUGCGAACAUUAACACUAUUAUCACGCAGGCAGCUUCACUUCUUGGUGAUGGGGGCGCAGAGGAUGUGAGGAACCUGGUCAACGUGAUUGCAGGACUGCUGGACUCGGAUACGGUGAAGGAUCUUAUUGAUCAGUUGGAACCGUUGCUGCCGACCCUACUAGACCUGCUCAACUCGGAUCUCAUCGACAAGCUCAAGACUCUACUUGACAAUGCCAGUCUCUUGCUCACCGAGAAAUUCGCGACGAACGUCCGUGAUCUGGUCAACAGCAUUGCACCCAUCCUCGACUAUCUGAUGCAGCUCAUAUCCUACUUCAUCGAUCUGAUCUUUGGAGGAGGCGGCGGCACUGGGGGAGGGAGCAACACCUCGACGGACACCUCGCCAACAGCUACGCAAACCAGGGGUUCCGGCUCAGGAGCCGCAAGUGAGGCAACCUCGACAGGCAGCUCUGGGUCUGGCCUCGACUUCGGUCUUGGUCUGGGGUCGUCCGGCUCUAGUGACGGAGAUGGAUCUGGUAGCGAUGAGUCAACAGGGUCAUCGGGUUCCGGCUCAAGCUCAUCAUCUUCGUCUGAUGGCAGUAGCUCGUCCUCAUCUUCGGAUGAUAACAGUGGCUCAGGACUCAGCUGGGGGUCCUCUUCGGACUCGUCCGAUGGGAGUGACUCGGCCAGUGACUCCAGUGAUUCCGGUGAUUCUGGCUCUGGCUCUUCGUCUGACUCGAACACCGACUCCGGUACUGCGACAGGCCCUGAUGAUCCAGGGUUCACGGGUGCAGCGAGCAGGCCAGGGCAGUUGGGGGUGACGGGGGCUAUUGUGCGCCAUGAAAAUUCCCUACAGCAGACUCAAAGACAGAAUCAAGCUCAGCAGGAUCUUACUCCAGCGGCGUACAUUCAAUUUCAGGACCACAGCGACACUGAUGAUGAUCAGGAUCAGAUCUGUAAAGGCGUCGAAUGCUAUAAGAUAAUAGAAAGGAAAAGGAUAGGGAACGCGGUCGUAGCGAGAUACCCGAUUUUACUCAACGAACAAACACACGUACUCAGGGGCAACGCAAUCAGUCAAGACCCAGUAUCUGACGGCAUCGCAUCAAUGGACGCUAACAGGUUGUAUACUGGUUUCAUCUUGAUGCAAGAACCAGGCCAGAGCAGGCCCGGUCUCGAGCUAGCAUUGGAGGAACUGGCCCCUGAAAACCUGGAUUACUGUUGCGCUCAGCAUUGUAUCAGGUCGGAAUUAGAAUGUAUAGCUCCCAGCCCAGGGCUGAAUUUGCUUGGUAUCGGUGCUGGGAUCUGCACAGAUACAGUUGACAGAUGGAUGGACACUUGUGCAGUGAGAGUAUGCGCGUUGCGACUGUCAAACACGGCUCCGAUCAUCGGCAAGAAGACGGACCCUCCCGAGAUGGCCGCGAAGAGGAAACAUCCGCCGAUCUCGAUGACUCUUCCCAGAGAGGGGGAGAAUGCAUCGAUGCAAAGCAAAGACGAGAAUGCACAGUCUGACCGAGUCCAGGUCGUGCUUGUUCAUAGUCGCAAUGGAGAAGACGACGCAAAGCGUCAGGAUUUGGCCAAGAGUUAUCUCACCUUAAGGCAAACGUUAAUGAAAUAA